UCUUCAAUUUCAAUGCAUGAAAUGUGAACAAUGGAGAGCCUAGGAUGGAUGCAGGUUAUUCCCCAUUCGAUUUAUUUCCCCAAGCCUUCAUCUAGCUCAUUUGGGUGUUUGAACUUCAACUAUCUCCCGUCUUCUAAUCAUUCUUUAUCUUCUGCGAACCAUCUUUUGCAAAUCACCAUUCUCUCUCUCCCUCUCUAAAAUGGAAAAACACAACCCCAUGACUUCACCAUCAUCUCCAACAGCAACAACCUUUGUCCAAGCAGACACACUAGUCCAGACGCUGACCGGCUUGUUCGCUGUCUCGGAGAAGCUCCACGUCAACCCACCUUCAAAACUCUUCCCUAAAUCUUUCACUCCCGGUGAGCCCACACGGGUACCCGCUGGUUACCCUUCAAGCUCCACGAGCGAAGGCAAACCCUUUUUCAGAGUUGUAAGGGCAAAAAAAGAAAUAAAAUUAUGACCGCUUAAGGGUUAAACGACGCAGAACGAAGGGCUUAAACGGGCUAAUAAAUACAUCUAGGGUUUAGGCUUUGUUUCCAAGUAAAACCCUGAUAGAAGUCCUUGUUGUUAUCGAUCAAGGAGAAAAGAUAAGAGUGGAGUUAAUGGCUGUGUUUCUACCGGCGGGGUUCCGCUUUUGUCCCAGCGAUGAAGAGCUUGUACGAGACUACUUGUUGAAGAAGGCGAUGGGUGAAGAGCUUCCCUGGGACGGCAUCGGUGAGUGCGAUAUAUACGGUGAAAAGCCUCCCUGGGAAAUCUGCGGCGAUCUGGAGGGUGAGAAGGUUUACUUUUUCGCGAAACUGAGAAAACUAAACAAAAGUCGAGUGGCACGAACUGCCGGAUCUGGGGUUUGGCAUGAGAACUCUUCUCAUCAUAUAUAUGAUGAGGAGGGUGAUGUUAUUGGGGCCAGGAAAUUGUUUUGUUUCAAGGUUAAAGAUGGCUCGACCAUGAAGAGAUCGGACUGGAUAAUGCACGAGUUUUCACUCGUUGGGGAGCAUGAACCGAGUACCAGUUGGGUCCUCUGUACCCUUCAAAAGAAAGGAUCAGAAUCAAGGAUUGGGAUCAAAAGGCGCCGUGAGGAUGGAUCCCAGCAAAGAAAGAGGGUUUGCUGUGAAAUUGUUCAAUCCGAUGGGCCUCAAGCAAACUAUGGAACGCCCGACGCUGAUUCGGAAACCCAUAUGGAAGGAACGCCCGAGACUGAUUUGGAAACCCAUAUGGAAUUUUGUCUACCAGCUGGUGAUAACUCUGAUUCAGAGUUUGAUUGGGAAACCUUCAUGAACAUCGUGCCCCCAGAGGGUGGAGAUCUGCCGCAUGGGACAUUGGAGGAUUUUUGGGAUGGUGACAUAUGUACUUUAUUUGCCUAAAGGCCACAAUGAAUUGAGGCAAAUUGUUCAGAUCAAAACGCAGUGUUUUUGUUUUGCUGUUGGUGUCUCUCAAGAGAUAGGAAAAAAUUGUAAAUUUUUU